GAUCAACAAGGAUCCAUGGAUCCAACAAUUAAACACCAUAGUUCCGCACCAUAAUUAUGUCUGCUCCAAUAAUAGUGUUGUGACUGUGUUGUGUGUAUUGUAAAUUAAGUGGUGGUAUCACUGAAAUGUGAUACCACAAAAUAAGCAUCCACGACGGAAGAUAUAAGGAAAGAGACAAAGACAAGAGCGAAACGGAAAAGAAUAUCCGAUAUGAGGCUCGACUUCCGCGGUCUGAGGUGUGCGUCGGCACUCAGCAAAGUUGCGAUGUACGAAAGCAGUUGCUCGUACGCAGGCGCCCUCGAGCUAAAACGCAGUGCCUUGAAGGAGGAGCCGUGGCCGACGACAGAAUGGCCGCCCUACCGCCUGCACCAGUCGACCUUCGAACAGUUGAAGCAGAGUGUGGAGAAAGCGAAGGCAGCGCUGCAGGAUCGCUCGGGACUGCUCGGCACCGCGACUGCCUUCGGGGACUUCUAUGGAGGACAGCUCGGGCAGGACGCCACGGGCGCGGCUCUUGGCUUCGGCCGGACAAGGACAGAUGACUCCAUGCUCUCCAUCGAGAAAGGCAAGACUUUGGGUACUGAGAAAAUCACCAGUGGGCUGGGCAAAGGAUACUCCACGCCGACACUGACGGACACAUUGCGAGCGACAAAAUGUACAGAUGCCUCAUACAAAAGCACAUGGUCUUCACACGCCACGUCACAGGGUUCACAGGGCUAUGGCACGAAUUCAUUAUCGGCGAUGUCAAAGUCGACACUCGACGCACACACGCAUCUGCGUCAGCCAGAUCCAUAUCAAAUGUUUGGUCCUACGAGCAGUCGGCUAGCAAAUUCAGGGUCGGGCCAAAUCCAGUUAUGGCAGUUCCUCCUCGAGCUGUUGAGCGACUCGAGCAACGCCGGCUGCAUCACCUGGGAGGGCACCAACGGCGAGUUCAAACUGACGGACCCCGACGAGGUGGCCCGGCGGUGGGGCGAGAGGAAGUCCAAGCCCAACAUGAACUACGACAAACUGAGCCGGGCCUUGAGAUACUAUUACGACAAAAACAUAAUGACGAAAGUGCACGGCAAGAGGUAUGCGUACAAGUUCGAUUUCCAAGGGCUCGCCGCGGCCACGCAGCCGGCGGCGAGCGACCCCGCCUACAAGUACCAGAGCGAUCUGUUCAUGAGCUCCUACCACCACUCAGCUAAGCUCUCGUCCUUCAUGGCGCCACACGCGGCUAUGCCGACCUCCACAGCGUCAAUAUUCCCAUCGGCGUCGUGGGGCAACUGGGGGGGCGGGGGAGGCAACCUCUACUCCCCCCAUUCGAUGGCCCCGCCCCACGUGACGUCACACCUAGGCUCCUACCCCCACUACGCAUGACCAGUGUAAGCCGUAAGCGAAUCCAUGGUUUAGUGUGAACAAAUUGUUUUCACAGAGCAGUACGUUCGCAGUAUCAGAAAUUUUGACUUUAGACCCUUUCUUGACUAGGGAUUCAGUGAAAUUAUAAAAAAAAGCAUUCGUAGCUUCUUUGCAAUAGUCUAGUCCUGAAUUAAUGAUAUACCAAAGACAAUAAUAAAGUUUAUCUCAUUUUGAUUUUAUUGUAAAAUGCGACCGAAUCUGAGUGGGUAAAGCACGUAAGGUGGCCCUUGAAGGAAUAUUAAUGACACAAAAAUUAACAUUAUCAUACAAUGUUAUGUCAGCUACUAUUGUAAGGUUACAAGAAUUAGGGGAUUGGGGACGUUAGAAUUUUGUGUUCUUUGUCUGUAAGUAGGUUUUGAUUAUUUUAAGAAUGCACAGAAUCGACACCAAUACCUAAUUGGUGUCGAUUCUGGCAUGAU